CGCCGCCGCCGAAUAUUUUGCAAGCAAUCUCGACCCCUGACGUCAUGAGCUACGCGAGCUUGGACGAAGCUUUGGACAUCGCCCUUGGGUUUUCACCAAAGUCGACUCCUGAAGGACGCCAGUUGGCAGUGAACUACUUGGCUCAGUACAAGACGUUUCCGUACGCGUUGCAGUUCCUGCAAACCUCGACAAACGAGAAGCAGCUUUGGUUUGCCACGUCGACGUUGGAGGAACUGGUUCGUUCUCGAGUGGACCUGGAUUGCUCUCCAUUGAUUACCCUGCUUUGGAGCGUCGUGAUGGAGCCGUCGACGAACCUGCCCAAGUACAUUGUCGACAAGCUGCGGUUGGUGCUUGUCUACGCCGUGCUGCGACACAACUCCCUGUCUGAACUGUGCGUUCAGAUCCUCGACGCAGUGGACACGUUGCAAUCGAACGGCACCGUGCGGCAGCCUACGUUGGACGUGUGGAGCUGCUUGUGCGAGGAAAUGUCCAUGUCCCAGAACGAGUCGACGCCAGGGGUGUUUGUCGAGCUCACGAGGGACCGCAUGGCCCACCACGCGCAGUUCGAAGCGCAUGUGAUGUCCUUUGCCACCGAAGUGGUCAAGUUACUGCGUCAUUUCCAACACCAGGUGGCCGUCCAGUCGCCGUCGUUCUCGGACGCGGCGCUGGCCACGACCCUUCGCAUCGCCGGGUUCAUCAGCACGUUCCGGUUCGCGGGGGAUGGCGCCGCCGAUAUCGUGCGGGACAUGAUCGUGCUGGCGAUGGAGUUUGCUGCCUACCCCCUUCGACAACAUACGCCGUCGUCCUCACAAAGCAGCAGCAUUCGUCUGGCGUUGUCAAGCAACGCCGCAUGCAACGCAUUGUGCACGAUCGUCGCGACCAAGUGGCCGAGGGAUGUGACGGUCGUCGUCGUCAACUGUGCGCUGGACGGGUUGUUGGCAUGGCUCGCCUUGUUGUCGGAAUCCGCGGUCCAGCGCGCCGUGGAUCAUGAUCAUGAUGAUGCAUACUUGGACACUGUGAGUGCAUUCGUAGAGACGUUUCUAUCCCACCAUCUGCGGCAUUUGCAUCAUGCGCGGUACAUCGCGUCCUUGUCGGCGCUGCUGGGGCAUGUGGUGACGCUCACGUCGCUCCAGCCCCACGUAUCGGGGUUGUUUCAUUGCUUGACCGUAUGGGAAGUAUUCGUCUCGCAUGUGGAAGACAUAGAAGAGAACGAGAUGGGACGUCAAUCUAACGAUGGUCUGUUGCGAUCAUACGAAGUGGGUCUCGUGGGUGUCAUGCAGCUCUUGGUUGAGCGCAUUCUGUUUGCAUCCAACGGGCCACAACUUGGCGAACUCGACGAAGAGGAAGGAGGCGGCAAUCCUACUACUACUACUACUCGAUCAACCUACGACGAAUAUGCCGACAAGGAAGACGAUAUUGCCACGGGCGCCCUCGUGGAUCAAGAUCAAACGUCAACCGAGUUGUCGGACCUGAAAGCGUUUGUAUUUGAGUGCUUUUCGCUCGUCCGACGGAUUACACGGCUUCCAGGAUGUGCGCAACCGUUGCUGACGACGUUGCUGCCGUCGGUCAAGGCCUCGGUAAGCCUCUUCAAGACCAUCCAUCACACGUCGAUUCCAGCGGAUGGCACUGCGGAACGCCAUGCGGUGCACGACUUGACUGUGCAGUGUGCGCUGCUGUCGUGUGUGUCGGCCCAGCACGUGACCAACAGCAACGUCGUCGCAGAUAAGUCCACUGGGUGGGAUAUUUUGGUGUUGUUUGUCGACUUGGCCGAAUAUAUCACCACGCAUCGCGUGCACACUCGCGGCGCGGCCUUUGUCGACCUCGAGUGUGAAGUACUGUCCUGUGUGCGGCUUUGCAUGAGCUGCGUGCCGUUCGUGUAUGAGAACGGCGGGUCAGACCCCCUCAAGUCCGUGGGCGAGUCGAUGGUCCGGUUGAUUCUAGCUACACUCGACACGUCCAUCGUCCCGUCGCCUCUGAAUGUGAUGCAGUCGGCGUUGAACCUGCUCGCGGGGAUGGGGUCGGUAUUUCCAUAUGCGAUCCAAGUCGAGAUCCCGUCACUGGGGCACUUGUAUGCGAAUUUGCAAGAUUUUUGUUUGCAUUUGAGUCCGUCUGUCCAGUGUCAACUGUACACGGCGCUGGCCCACAACGUACUCAGCACUGGUUUGAGUGUGGCUUCGUUUUCGUCGCUCGUGACGCCCGUGCUCACGUCCGUGGUGGAGUCGGUGGUUACGAUGCAGCAGAACGCGCAGCGGGUGCUCGAGCCGGCGCUGUUGGCUCAGCUCAUGCGGGACAUCUCUAUCUGCCGAGCUCUGGCGCGGGUGGUGCUGACCAAACCCAAGCAGGUCAAAUUGAGCUUUUACUCGCAAAUGCAUGGCGUGCUGCCGUACACUCUGGACGCCGUCCGUGUCUACAUGAACGUGCUUCCCCAGUGUCCGCCGAGCCAGCUCUCUUCGGCCGUGGGUGCCAUCCACGACCUCAUUGGGUUCUACUCGGACUUGUUUCGCUCGAUCCGAAAGGAACUACCGACAGACGUCGUCGGCGCAACCGUGACGACCCUUGUGGAGCUCUUUCAGCACGGCCAGUUUGCGUCCAAGCUGGAGGCGCUGGGGGCCCCAGGUACGGCCGUGCUGUGUGCAUUCUUGAAAUUGCUGCGCAUUUUGGUCGAGGAAUACUCGCCUACGCUCGCGGGGCUCUUGCACAGGUAA